UCAACCAAUCACAGAGCCAGAAAUGAUAUCCGUCCAAUCACGAUACAUCUACGCAAACAAGACUUCCGGGUUGAGUUCACAUGCUCGAUUUGUGCUUUUCAGAUCUCCACACGUUGUCUUCGCAGUUCAAGAAAAUAAAUAAAUCAUGACCAAAGACAAAUCUUCGAUAAAUCCUACUAAAAGGAAGAAAUUGACUUCAAAUGUCACGGUUCAUGCGGAAGAAACAACGGACACCAAAGUAAAAAAGAAAAAGAUGGACAUUGAGGAGGCUCCAGAACAGAUUCCUGAUGCGACAAUAAAAACCAGCGACAAAAAACGGAAGAAAAAAAAGAAGGCAAAGCAAACUGAGACGCACGCUGUGGAGGGAGAAGAGGACUUGAGCCUUGAGGAGAAACGGGUCCUGGAGAGGAAGAUGAAGAAGAUCCUCAAAAAGGAGGAGAAGAAGAGGCUCAAAGCUGAGGGGGAGACGGAACCGAAAGCUGAAGCCGCCGGAUCCAUCGCUCCUCAGCAGGCCUUGGACUACCUCACCUGCUGGGCUGAGACGCGUACCGAGUGGAGGUUUCAGAAGACCAGGCAGACGUGGUUACUGCAGCACAUCUUUGACUUUGAACAGAUUCCAGAUGAGAAGUUCUCCGUGCUGCUCCAGUACCUGGAGGGUCUUCGUGGAGGUUCUAAAGACCUCACCAUCCAGAAGGCCCUGGCCCUGGUUGAAGAGUCGGGACAAGCGCCAGAGGACAAAGACGUCCAGCAGAGGGCGGACCGAGCGAGACAAGUCAUCCAGCUGCUCUCCUGAACCCACCCGCCUCAGACAACGAUAUGAAGCCCACUACAACAAAGUGUGAAACCAGUUUGUUGAUCCCCUUGGUGUCAAGAAAGGAUUAAACAUGUUUUAUAUGUCGCUUUUUGACUGGCCUUUUAGGUGGAGGAUGGCUUCUGAUUAAAUUACCAGUGUUGCAUCCUUAAUUUCCAUGUGUGCCAUGGUUUAAUUAUCUAUUUCAUGCACACAUCGUUGCCUCGCAGUCAUAAGAAUUGUUUCAAAACUUGCAUGUAACCUUUUACAAGUUAUUUACUUUUGUGUCAUAUAAAUGUAGGAUUAUGAGGAGACGUCUAUGCAGCAGAGAGCUCAGUGUGCUGCAGUAAAAAGUUUCAGGAAUGUGUGUUGUCAAAACAAGUUUGCGCACGUCGUGGCUCAUCAUUUGUAGUCACUGAUCAGAAUAACUUCACCCACAAGCAUGCUGAACCGUGCCCGACGUGAGUGUCUCCUACCCAGUAACCCCAAAUACAGUCACAACAUUUUCCAUUGUAAAGUCCAUAAGUAAACCUGACGAGACGUAAAUAAAUUUCAGACUGACAAAGUUG